AUGGUCGGUAAUCUCAGCGCUAUUGGUGCCAUGUCGGCAAAAAACAUUGUCACAGACUACUUGUUGAAUCUGUCUGCUUCUGCUGACGUUCUUGCCCUUGCCAAGGUCGAAAUCAAUCUUGCUGCUAUUCCUGAGGGAAAGAAUGUGGUCCUCAAGUGGCGCGGAAAGCCCGUCUUUGUUCGUCACCGAACUGCUCAAGAAAUUGCUGAAGCCAACACUGUCAAUCUUGAUGAACUGCGUGACCGUGAAGCUGAUGCUGAUCGCACUCAGAAACCCGAAUGGCUUGUCAUGCUUGGCGUCUGCACACAUCUUGGUUGUGUACCACUCGGAGAAGCUGGUGAAUAUGGCGGCUGGUUCUGCCCCUGUCACGGAUCUCACUACGACAUCUCUGGUCGUAUCAGAAAGGGCCCUGCACCACUCAACAUGGAAAUCCCUCCUUAUGAGAUCAAGGAUGAUGACAAACUUGUCAUUGGUUAG